AUGAAGCCCCUCAGUCGCGACAACCUGUGGCAAACCCGAAGUCGAUCUUGGGAACAGGCAGUCAUUCACGACCACGACCUGCACCUUCAUUCGCAACCGAAGCUCGUGACACAAGCUAUCACGAAGUUGCUCUCUACGGACGACACAGUGCAGAGUGAAGCCAUUCCGUCAGUGGGUGAUUACGGAACUCCGACGGGCAAACUGCAAGAAUCGCGAAUACCACCUCCGGACGUGACCUUACACGCUGACCUCUGCUAUGGCGAGGUGGUCACCUGGGAGGCUUUCGCUAUGCGACUUGCUGUGGUGGAUGCCGGUACGCGACAAAACUGGUUCUAUGGAUUGCGUGACUAG